UAUUAUAAAAUGGGAAAUUUACGGUGAAAAUACUAAUACGGGAGGAUGGCGGGAAAGAGGGGUAAAUACGGUAGUUUACCGGCCAAAACGGGAGACUUGACAGAUAUGGAGGACAACUACAGCGAGGAGAGGGGAGACGGGAGGAAGAGGAGUCGAGGGAGUAAGAAAUACAUUGGAGCACAUGUUGGUAUUCAAGGUGGAAUAUGGAAAGCCGUGGGGUCUUGUGUAGGGAUGGGCGGCAGUAGUUUUGCACUGUUUCUGGGAUCCCAGCGGUCAUGGAAGAGGCCUGGGUUGGACCAUUCAGCUGCAGAAAAGUUUCAAGAGCAAUGCUCGCUACAUGGUUUUGACCCAUCUCACAUCCUGCCUCAUGGAUCCUACCUGAUGAACUGUGGAUCUCCAAAAGAUGAUGUGUUUGAAAAGAGUCGGGCCCUGCUGGUGGACGAGCUCAGUCGCUGCAGCACCCUAGGCCUCAGCCUCUACAACUUUCACCCUGGCUCUUCCUUGGGGACCAUCACCACGGAGCAGUGCGUGGACAAGAUAGCAGGAUCCAUUAACCACGCUCACCAGCAAACACCGGCGGUGGUCACAGUGUUGGAGAACAUGAGCGGCCAGGGCAGCACACUGGGUGGGAAGUUCUCCGAGCUGAAGAGCAUCAUAGACAAAGUGAGAGACCAGAACAGAGUGGGAGUGUGUCUGGAUACCUGUCAUGCCUUUGCAGCAGGAUACGACCUGGCAGCAGAGGGAGGAGUGAAGGCCAUGCUCGAUCAGUUUGAUCAGGAAGUCGGCCUUCGCUACCUCAGAGCAGUCCACCUCAAUGAUUCCAAAGGUAAACUUGGCUGUCACCUUGAUCGGCAUGAAGACAUCGGUAAAGGUCACAUUGGAAUCUCAGCAUUUCAAGACAUAGUCAAUGAGCCCAGACUGGAUAAUAUCCCCCUGAUCCUGGAGACACCCGGACGGCCUGGAUUCGAAUACACUGAGCAAAUUGAGCUGCUGCAUUCCCUAUGUGAGACAAAAUGAGGUUUAUUGGCGAGAAUAAAGAAACUAAAGCCUGUUUUAGUGCCAAGACACUGGGGUGGAUGGAUGAUGGUGGUGUUCACCUUUAAAUGUGAAUCAUUUCAAGAAGAAAAGUCUGUCUUUGUUUGUCCUCUGAGUGAACAUUAGC